AUGAGGGAAAGGGGGGACGGACUGCUCAUUGAAAACCUGUGCGUGUACUGCAACUCAAACAAAUCCUUUUCUUACCUUCAAAAAUGUGCUUAUAAUGAAAAAAAAGAUGAAAGAGCUUUAAAAAAUGAGUAUGAACAACUAGUGUACAAAAAAACAAUAAAAUAUAAAUGGGUGAAAAACUUAUCAUAUAAUGAAUGUCUUCUACAUGUUUUGAAGUAUGUACAGGAGAACAAUAAUUUGCAUUGCAUGAAAAAAAAGUAUUGUGAACAAAAUCAUUACAAGUCUUCAUCCGUCACUUAUAAUAUACAUAACAAAAGUACUCACGUACAUAAUAAAACGUUUGUAAAAAAUAAAAAGUAUGUCAUACAUGCUUCCCGCCUUUAUGCAAAAAACAAAAGAUCCUUUAAACCAAAAACUGUUGUAGACAAGGCCUUGAGGGUGAAAGAAGAGCUUGUGAAAGAGAAGCUUGUGAGAGAGAAGCUUGUGAGAGAGAAGCUUGUGAGAGAGAAGCAUGUGAAAGAGAAGCUUGUGAAAGAGAAGCUUGUGAAAGAGAAGCUUGUGAGAGAGAAGCUUGUGAAAGAGAAGCUCCUAAAAAAUAACAUGAGAAAGAAUAAUAUAAAUUCAUGUGGUAAAUAUGUGCAAGACAAAGCGAAAAAAAACUUUAAAUUAAAAAAAUCAGCAGAAAAAGAGCAACAAAAAAAAGGAGGAAAAAAAAAGGCUGAUAUGUACAUAUACUUGUUUAAUCUUUUUGUGAGAAGAAAAUAUUACAAAAGAAUAUCAAGGCUAUGGUUAGCUAAUUUCUUAAAAAGGAAUGGUUUAUUAUAUAAAAAUCUAGCUAUGCAAUUAAUUAAUAUUUUGAUUAUAAAAACUUGGAUAAUAUUUGAUGUUCAAUUUUGGAACUUUUUUUUUUCGAAAAAUUUGAUAAAUUACUUUAACACGAAUUUAUACUUUCUUGUUGGUAAACCAGGGAAUGAAAAAAAAAAUUUCCUGAUGGAUAUUUUUUUGUCUUUUCCUUUUAAAUAUUCAAGUGAUACAACGCACAUCAUUGAUCUAACUCAGUAUGAACAAUGUUCGAUAGUAAGUGACUACAGAUUUGUAAUAAAUCCAACUAGCUUUUUAAAGAAAGUGGAAAAUGCUUUAAAAAAUAGCUCGGUAAUAUCUUCUCCGAACAUUAAGAAAAUUAACAGAAUAAAAAAUAUUAACAAACCAUAUUUCGCAUUUAAAAUAUUUGACUCUUUAAAAAUUAAAGGCGAUCACAUGCUACGGGCCAAGUCGAGCACUUGCAAAAUAUGUACAUGCAAAAUACAUUAUUACAAUUUAUGUGCACGCAAAAAUUGCGCUUGCAAAGUAUGUUAUUAUAAAAAUGGUCCCUUCGACGUAAUGCACCCGCCGCCGAGGGUACUGAACGGACAAAACAAAAAUGUAAAAACGCGUUGUCUGCAUAAAUGCUGUGCCAUUCCAAAUAAGACCACCCCGAACAAUAGAAAUAGUAUGCUGGAUGAAAAUGCAAAAAUACAUGAUGAAAAAAGAUCCAGCAAUUUAAAAGAUAAUAGCAAACAAGGUUACCAUGACAAUAAGGAACAAAGAAAUGAUUCGAAUGAAAUGAAUAGUGAAAAAGGAGGAUUUACUUCUUUCCUUUCAGAUAGCGAAAGUUGUAGUAGUUUCGAUUUGUAUAAUUAUAAGGAGAACCAGUAUAAUAAGAAUUACUUUUUAAAAAAUGGCCAAGAUGAUGCAUAUAAAAAGAAGGGAUAUGUAAAUAAAAUUCUAUAUCCAUACUACUACGAAAUUGCGCUAAAGGAGUGUGUAAUAACAGAUAUUGAAAGGAAUACAAUUCGGAAAAUAGAUCCAUUUAAUAAAAACUUAGAAUAUCUUCUAAUCAGUUUUACGAAAAUAGCCUUAGUGAAGCAGUUGGUAUGGAAAAGAAAAAUUUUUAGGUUGCUUUAUUAUUUUUUUAAAAAAAAAAUGGGUCAAAAUAUGGACCGAAUUUCUGGUCGAUGGGUUGGCCAGAAAAUCCUCGGAUUGAACUUAUUUAAUGGCGGGUAUUCCUUCAUACUAAUCAAAAACUUUGAUCAAAUAAAUAUGUUUUCUGUUUUAAAAAAAAAUUGUAUUAUAUUUUUACUCUUAAAAUAUAUAUAUAUGUGGAAAGAGCUAAACCUGAAUGUACAUAUGUUUAUCACAGGGUCUUUUAGCAAUGCUACACCGUGCAAUAUAUUAUGUAGCAGCAGCUUUAAUAAUAGCAUUGAUACUACUAGUAGUAGUAGUAGUAGUAGUAAUUGUUGUACCAUCAGUAAUACAUACAACAAUGUUAUUUCAUUUUUUUCUUGUUACUUGAAGAAUUUUUUCGUUUUUGUAGUGCCUACACUCCUUCAUAAUGAAGACAGAUAUAAACUAUUGACACAUUUGUUUUUAAAAAAUAAAUUGAAUUAUUCUAAAGAUCAACUUGAAAAUGUUUCUAAAAUUACAAAUUCUUAUAACAAGGCAAAUUUAAUGAAACUAUUUGAAGAUGAAUACCGUGAAAGAAUUAUUCAUUUGAUGAAGAAAAAAAAAAUACAUGCACGGUUAAGGAAAAACAAGUUUAUAAAAGAGUUAGUAUUUCAAAAUAAAUAUAAGAAGUAUCAUUUUUUUUCUAAAACACUGAAUUUUCAAAAUGAAUCGCACUUGUUCAUACAUAAUGAAGACUUUGAAUUAUUUAAGAAAAAAAGUUUUGAAGAGUUUCGUAAAAACAUACUCAAUAAAACCUACGGGUUUAAUGAUAUAAUAGGGGAGGAUGAGCUAGUACGCACAUUGAAGAGGGAAGUUGUGCAGGCCUUUUUUUGCAAUGAUCGUAAAGGGAGUGGAAAUAAUGACAAUAGCAGUAGAAGCAGAGACUGUAGUGGUGGUAACACCCCAUUUAACAGUGUGGGCAUAUUAAUACAUGGCACAAGUGGGUCAGGAAAAACUUUCAUAUCAAAAAAGAUCAUUGAAGAAUGUAAUUGUAAUUCUAUUAUUAUAAACUGCUCGAAUAUAUUUAAUAAAAUAAUGGGGGAAUCUGAAAAACUUGUUAAUGAAAUUUUUCAUUAUGCCAAAAAUAAAUUACAGCCAUGUAUAAUACUUAUGGACGGAAUAGAAAAUAUAUGUUUUAAAGAAGACACAUUUUCAAAUGUAAUGGAAAAGUUUGCUAAAAGGUUAAAAUUUUGUUUUUAUGAAAAUAUUGAUAGAAUACAUUUUGAGAGAAAAUGGGAUAUGAGUCAUAAUAUAAUAAAACCUUUUUCUGUUUUAAUCAUAGCAACUACAACAGAUAUUAAAAAUGUUGAUCAUAAUUUGUUAACAAAUUAUAGAAUAACACAUAUAUAUAAAACGAAAGAAUUUAUAUCAUGGAAUGAUAAAGAUAUAUAUACCCUUUUUGAAAGAUGCUUAAGAAGCAACAACAUAAAAUCAACUCAUUUCAUUUACUCCAAAAAGUUUCAACAUUUUGUAUCCGAACAUAUUUUAAAAAAGAAAGAUAAAUUCUCACCGCUCUUUAUUUCGAAUUUGUGUAGAGACAGCCUAACUAGUUACGUUCAAAGGAAUAUUUCAAAAGGUUAUAGCCAAAAGAUAUGA